AAGACAAAGUCAAAUUUGGGAAAGACAUACCCAAACCCAAGGGAAUCGAAGACCUUGUUCUUCAACGACGAAAACACAACCUCCAUACAAACACUUUGUUUAAUCAACAGAAAAGUCAACUAGUAGGCAUACCCAUAUCAUUAAACACUUUGGUAAUACUGCAGGUUGUCUGUUUUAGGGAUUAUAUAAAAUUGAUGUUAAUUAGUAGAGGAGUAGUUACUUUUUAUGGAUAACUUAUGCUGCUUCAGUUCUGCUAAUUCUCAGCUUGCAGGAGGACGGUCAUCAGGUGGCAAAGGAAGAAGCCAUCAAGGGCCUGCGAAGUAUGGGUUCACCCUGGUUAAGGGGAAAGCAAAUCAUCCAAUGGAGGAUUAUCAUGUUGCUAAAUUCAUGCAGUUGCGCAAAGGGGAACUAGGACUUUUUGCUAUUUAUGAUGGGCAUUCAGGAGACAAUGUGGCUGCCUAUUUACAGAAGCAUUUGUUCUCCAAUAUCUUAAAAGAGGAGGAUUUUUGGACCGACCCUCAUAGCUCAAUCUUACAAGCUUACGAGAGAACAGAUCAGGCUAUUCUCUCACAUAAUCCUGAUCUAGGACAAGGAGGGUCGACUGCAGUGACUGCAAUACUUAUAAAUGGGCGAAAGCUAUGGAUAGCAAAUGUUGGAGAUUCCAGAGCAGUGCUUUCAAAGAGGGGGAAGGCGAUACAAAUGAGCAUUGAUCAUGAACCACACACAGAGCGGGGAAGCAUUGAGAACAAAGGUGGCUUUGUCACAAAAAUGCCAGGAGAUGUUGCUAGGGUGAAUGGUCAACUAGCUGUAUCUCGCGCUUUUGGAGACAAGAACCUGAAAUCACACCUGCGCUCUGAUCCUGAUGUAAGAACCAUUGAUGUUGAUGGAGAUACAGAUCUUCUUAUCCUUGCAAGUGAUGGCCUAUGGAAGGUAAUGUCUAAUCAAGAAGCAGUUGACAUCGCGAAGAAGGUUAAGGACCCACAGAAGGCAUCCAAGCAAUUAGCCAUCGAAGCGUUAACUAGAGAAAGUAAAGAUGAUAUCUCAUGCAUCGUUGUCCGAUUUAAGGGGUAAGUGAAUGAUGACUAGUGUGCAGAAGUUAAAACUCUGUAGUUGUAAGAAUGAGAUUCAACUGUAUGUGUAUUUAUACAUGUACGAUCCCUUGCCCCUUGUUUGUAAUUUUCAAGUUGUUCAUUCAGCUUGUGUGGUAAUUAUCUGUUGAUUUUUUUUCUACUAAUAGAUUAGAUUCUUGAGGAUUGAAUUUUGUGUAAUUUGCAUAAAUACUUGCUUUUGUAAGCAAAACAUUUCUUGGUGUAAUCAUGAUAAUGGUCAAGGCAAACCUAUACUGUAUGUGUAUGAUUGUAUAUAUAAGCUGGUGACUGUUGUUUACA